AUGCAAAGAUUUCUUGUAGCCAUCACGAUUCUUUCCACCAUCGUCAUGGGUGCCAGCGAUGAUGACUGGCUUUGGACCGGGAUGAAAAUUGUUGGCGGUGCCGCUGCUGGUUUUGUUGCUGGUCCAGUUAUUCUUGGUGGAAUCGGAUUCACUGCUGGAGGAAUUGCUGCUGGUUCUGCUGCCGCCGCGACUCAGGCUGCUAUUGGUAAUGUUGCGGCUGGAUCUACCUUUGCUUUAUUGCAGUCUGCCGCUGCAACUGGCGCCGCCGCUACUUAUGGAGCUGCUGCCGUAGCUGGUGCCGCCGCCGUCCACGAAGCGGCGAAAGAAAAGAAACCAGCUUACUAUUACGACAAAUAUGGAAACCGCCGCGUCCGAUAUUAA